AAUUCAUCCGGAGGAUAUAGGAGCUGAAUCAUUUUUAUUUGGGGAUUCUUGUAACUCGUAAUGAUGCGGAAAGGUUAACUUUUUCCGAUGAAAUGAUUAGGAGCGGUCAUUAUUAAUGGAAGUGUGAACUUAGAAGCAAUAGCCAAAACGUGUGGAUCUUAAAGUCAAUUUAAAAAAAGUGGUGACAGUAAAGUGACCUUACUUUAGGUUGGGUGGCAUUUGCUGUGAAAGUCUCGCCGUCGAAGAAGUGAAUGGCAAUUAAAACACCGGAUUACGCUGGCGUUAGUCGCGCACUCUUGCUAUUCAGUUGCUUUUUCAUUUUCAUGUUCAAAUUUUAUUCGGAGUUUUAAUCAUAAAAGUAGUGAAAAGUGUAAAAAGUGCAUCAUUUUGGAUUUACAAUUGGAUAGAAAGGCAAUAUUUGGAAACACAACAGCAGAUUAGAAAUUGAACUAGAAUGGAUUGGGGAAUUAGUGAAUGAUAAUUUACAAUUAGGCGCUAGACGGCGGUAUUAGGAAACGUCCAAAGCUCUUAUCAAAUUAUGGUGUCGCGGAAGAAGAUUUUAUCGAAAUCUCGAGAUGACAUCAAUCUACUAUCCAACCCACAACCUGAAGACUCCGAAGAUGUGUGGUACCAAAAAGAAAAACUGUUUAAGGAUCACAUUCAAGAGGUGCUAAAUAAAUGGAAUCAAAUUGAUGAUGAAAUUUGGGCUAAAGUUGUAGUCUUGGAGCGAAACCGACGAGUAGCGAAAGCUUAUGCCAGAGCACCAGUUUUGACUGUUAAUGGUUCAGAUUCCGGAUUUGACGGAUUUAGAAUUGGAUUAUCAGGCUUUGAGAAUCCUUUAAGAGACAAAAAAACUGAAGAAUGCAGGAGACAUAUAGGUCAUGGCGUAAAAAUCAAAAUGGACGAAGACGGCAAUAUUCUUAUAAAGCGACUGUCUCGAGCCAACGUUUUCAUCAGGCGUACCACCCUGGAUGAAGAAAGUGCCAUAUCAAACGAAGUUCUGAAACUUUCCCAUGGAGCAUUAGAAGCCAACAAAGCUUUCACUCUGUUUGACAUGAAUAAAUUUCAAAUAAAUGUAACAAAUGAGCUGAAACGGUCAUACCCGAAUAGAAGGCGAUUAGAGAAUCAAUGUCUUAGUGCCAUCUGUUUUGUUAAAAACGAUUCAGACCUUCUAAAGUCUCCUAUAUGGAUGCUAAUUAUUAAUAUGGUAGCUAUUGAUAUGUUAAAGUCGCAAAUACCUCUAGAAACCGCAAAUAGUCCUCAAAGCUUACCAGUAACUCUUCCUUUAGAAGAAGAGAAUUAUUCAGUGUGUGCCAACGCAAAAAACGGAAAACUUUCAACGGAUAAUCACGUCAACGGGAGCAGUAAUUCUAGUAGUAACGAGGGAAGUUAUAGCAGUGGAACCCAUAGAGACAGCGGCAAACGAGAAUUGAACAAUCCUCCAGAGUUGCCCCCAAGGAAGAAGUUAGAGCCUUGCAAUAUUCCCCAGCCGGAUUACCAGCAAUAUCAACAGCAACCACCGGCGAGCUCAAUUAGAAGAAUUCCUUCAAAAAAACACAAAAAUAAAGUAAAAAAACUUAAAAAGCAACCGGACGAUCCGUACUACUGUGGAAUGAAGGCUCGAAUUCCGAACUUUGUUGCGAAGCUGACAAGAAAAAAGUUUCACCAACCCAAUUGCAAACAGUACCAACAACAGGUGCAACAGCAGCAGCAAAUAAUUCACAACCAGCCGAUUUAUGGGUACCACCAGCCACAUUACCAGCCAACUCCCAUGGAACAACACGUUAGGAGAGUGUCCCAAGUAAAGCAUCCAAAUGUGGUUCCCAGUGCUCUAUGGAGUGCAAGGAGUUUGGACAGUGGGCUAGACACCGCUGGAUCCUCGCAAUCGCCAUACAAUAACUACACGAUGUUCUACAGAUUUCAAGCUCAACCAUCUAGAGGAUACAUUCCAGUUCCCCCGGGAACCGUUUACAUUGGGGAAUGGGACUAGUUAUGAUGAUCAUGGAUCCAAAACUUUGAUGUCAUUUUAGUAGGCAACAUUUUGCACCAACUGAAUUAUCUGUAAAUUUAAAUAUAUUUAUGUAUGAUACUUUUUGUAUUUUCUAUAUAUUAAUCUUAAAAUAGUUUCUUGUAUCCAUGUUGUAGUAUAUUAUUAGUUACCUUCAAAGAUGUUAUACUUAUAAACAAUAUUAAAACCUGUGAUAUCUCUUA